CGACCACCUUGGCAUUAAUAUGUCUUACCUUUUCCUUCCAUUUCGGACUGAUCAAUUGAGAAGACAUUCGAAGGGAGUUCAAAAACUGAGAUGAAACCGUGUACGUCUGGAGUUUCGUCUAUCGAAACGAGUUAUUAAUUAAUGAAAUUCUCUACCGGAACACGUGAUAUCAGCACCUUCUGCUGAUAUAUUCACCUGAACAAUGUAACGAACCGCGAUGAAUAAAUUAGGUCAAUAAACCUCCUAUCCAUUUUACUGAGGACUGAAGACAUUGAGGGAAUAUCAGCGCAAAAUACAAGCAGCUAGUCUGCUUGUCAAGGUCAUUGUAUCGCUCAAGAACGAUCUGCUCGUCAGUUAAUCCGUUUUCCAUAUGUUGGAUUCCUACAGAUUUAACCUUUAAGAUGCAGUCGGCAAAUCUAAGCCCAGCAUUAACAUGAUGAAUUUUCAUUUCUUUGUGUAAAGAAAUGUAUAGUGUCGCUGUUCGUAUUUAUUUUCACGUAAACUUUUUUCCACAAAUUUCAAAUGAUUAUGUGUAAAUAAAUGUUGACAGACACAGUAUUUUCUUGUUAGCUUGUGCUAUUUGAUGUCAUGGUUAUGUCAUUUCAGUUCUAUAGUUUAUUGUUUCUAAUACCGUUCGAAUUUUAUAAGCCCGGUUAUCGUCUCAGUUCACCUCGGCAUUUAACUCGAUGGUUUUUGAUGCCAGAAUAGAGGACGACAAAGUUGAUUCUGAUGUUCCGGGUAUUGUAUAUCUUUCAACUAUACCGAAUGGGAUGAACGUUAGCAUGAUCUCGGACAUUAUGCAACAGUUUGGCAAAAUUGGCAGAGUUUAUUUGGUACCAAAAAAGAAAAAGGUAGGAAAAUACCGUCAAUAUGAAGAAGGCUGGGUUGAGUUUCUGAACAAGAAAAUAGCUAAGCGUGUUGCUAAACGGCUUAAUUGUACAGAGGUUCUCGGAUCAAAGCGUAAUCCGUGGUUUGGUGAACUGUGGAACAUUAGAUUUUUGAAAGAUACUUCAUGGAACGACCUUUUUGGCGCUGAACGUGAAGAAGAAGAACAAAGGCGUACAGCUCAUGAUCGUGAUAUAGUGGUCGCGAAGCAUCAAUCUCGCCAAUUUUCUGCAGCUCUAGAUGCAAAGAAACUAGAAAAAAGGAUGAAACAAGUUAAAGGGAAAAGAUUUACUGAAAGAAAACCAGUCCGAUUGAAUCGACGCCAAAAGCUUACAGAAGAUGAGAUCAAAGAAAAACUUGCUCAUUCUAGUCGUACACCACCUGAAGGAUGUCUUGGCUUCUCGGCUGUUUCGAAUCCCGAAUUUAUGGGCAGUCUUUUUGCCGGUGGUCUGUAACUAUUUUUUUACGGGAUUGUUGUAUAUGAGAUGCUUAUGUAAUGUAAAUAAAUUUUUUUAUGAAAACGA